AUGUCCAAGAGGAAGAAGAAGACAAAAACGGAGCUCCCCUUGCCCAGCACGGAAGACGCUUUCGUUGGAAGGAUAGAAGCCACAGAGAGAGAGCUUCACAAAGAGCAGGAGAAGUUAGCUUCCCUGCUGGUGAGCCAAUCGAGUGCUCCAAUGGGCUGGAAAAUGUCGCAAAUCAAGACUCUCGGUGACAGGAAGAUACCCGAGAUCAAGAGAGAACUGGCCAGGCUUCGUGAGGCCCACGAGGCCUUUCGAGCAGCUCAAGGGAAGACCGGGUCCAGCAAGGAAACUGACGCCAACUUGGAUGAGAACACCCUCUCGCCAUUGACGUCCUUUGGGGAACUGGAUGCUGAAGGCGAGCCUGAGGAGUUAAUUGACUUGGUCAUCGACCAAGUGUUCCCAACCGUCUGGGGUAGGAUUGGAGUUGAUCCUACCAAGAUUCCACCAACUCGGCAUCGUUCCCUAUCUCCUUCUCGUCCCGCCUCUAUCCAGCAGUCUCGCCAUGGCUCUGUCCAUCCAAGUCUCAAGAUAUCGUUUUUCCCGUCGCUCACUGCUCGCCCACGGUCCCCCUCUACGCCUGACCCACCCUCUCCCCCUGGCUCUCCAGCGCCUAAUCCACCCUCUCCCCCUCGCUCUCCUGCGCCUAACCAACCCCGUCCACCUCCAAGUGGGCGAGCUCGAUCUCGCUCACCUUCAAUCAAAAUUCUGGACGUCGUAAUCAAGCCUAACAAGGGAGGGAAUGAGAUCGAGAUCACGGCGGAGAUCAAGGAGGAACCCAAGAUGGACACGGUUCCUCCAAAAGAAGAGGGGAAGAAAAAGGGGAAGCAGAAGAAAGCAGACACGGAAGGCCCGUCGGAUGAAGAGAUUGUCGCGAAGAGCGGACACUAA